GAGGGCGCCGGGGCCGCGGACGCCGCCGGAAUGACUCGAUCCGGCUCCCAGGUGGCCGACGAGCCAACCGCGGCCCCCGCGGCAGGCGGAGCCGGGGCCUCGGGCCCGCCCACACGCGCGUCUCCUCCGCCCGGUAGGUCCCGGUGCCCAUGGCUUCCUCCCCGGUGGACGCGUCCCGCAGGCGGCAGGAGAAGCGGCGGCAGCUGGACGCGCGCCGCAGCAAGUGCCGCAUUCGCCUGGGCGGCCACAUGGAGCAGUGGUGCCUCCUCAAGGAGCGGCUGGGCUUCUCCCUGCACUCGCAACUCGCUAAGUUCCUGUUGGACCGGUCCUGAGCCUUUGCCUCCCAAGGGUCUGCAGUAUCUGGUGCUCUUGUCCCAUGCCCACAGCCGAGAGUGCAGCCUGGUGCCAGGCCUUCGGGGGCCCGGGGGCCAAGAUGGGGGGCUUGUGUGGGAGUGCUCUGCAGGCCACACCUUCUCCUGGGGCCCCUCUUCAGGCUCCAUAUCUCCAGAGGAGCCCAAGCCAGCUUCCUGUCCAAAUACUGCCUGGAGAAGCUGGUGUCUGGAGGCCAGGAGUGGCCAGGAGCCUGCAGGUUUGGCAGCUGAGCAUGAUGAGAGGACUCCAGAGGCCAAGCUGCCCAGCAGGGAAGUGGUACCCCUACUGGAGACCUUCCCAACCCCAGGAGAAGACGGGGAGGAGGAAGAUGAGGAUGAAGAGGAGAUGCUCAGUGAUGCCAGCCCAUGGACCUACAGCUCCUCCCCGGACGACAGUGAUCCAGAUGCCUCCAGAGUACUUCCUUCCCCUGUCACCCAUGCACUUAAGGAUGGGGAGACACCCCCGGCCCCAGCAGCUCCCCUCAAUCCACUUGCUGUACCAUCUUCAACAUCCUCAUCGGGUUCUGGAGCUCUUCUGCCUAUGGAAGUUGGGGUACAGCCAGAACUCAGAGGGACCCCUCAAGCAGCCCAGCAGACUGAGCCCCAGGCCAGCCCUGGGAGUCAGGCCCAGUCUGCUCUGACCUUGGCCUGGGAGGAGGACACAACACAGAUCGGCCCCAAGAGAAUUAGGAAAGCUGCCAAAAGAGAGCUGCUGCCUUGUGACUUCCCUGGCUGUGGAAGGAUCUUCUCCAACCGGCAGUAUUUGAAUCACCACAAGAAGUACCAGCACAUCCACCAAAAGUCCUUUUCCUGCCCAGAGCCAGCCUGUGGGAAGUCCUUCAACUUUAAGAAACACUUGAAGGAGCAUGUUAAACUGCACAGUGACACCCGGGACUACAUCUGUGAGUUCUGCGCCCGGUCUUUCCGCACCAGCAGCAACCUCGUCAUCCACCGGCGCAUCCACACUGGAGAGAAACCCCUGCAGUGUGAGAUCUGCGGGUUCACCUGCCGCCAGAAGGCUUCCCUGAACUGGCACCGGCGCAAGCACGCGGAGACAGCCGCUACUCUGCGCUUCCCUUGUGAGUUUUGCGGCAAGCGUUUCGAGAAGCCAGACAGCGUUGCAGCUCACUGCAGCAAAAGCCAUCCAGCCCUGCUCCCAGCCCCACAAGAGUCACCCGGCCCAUCGGAGCCCUGUCCCAGCAUCUCAGCCUCUCUGAUCCUGGGGUCUGGUGAUGAGUCCAGGCCCUCUGUGGUUCCUCAGGCUCUGACCGUGCUCCCUCAGCAGUGAGCAUUCCUGAGCUCUGAGGAACCAGACCCUGGAGACUGAAGAGGAGCAAGGAAGAGAAGUACCAGGUGCCUGGUCCCCAGAAACCCGGGUGUCAGGAAGUUUAGGGUGGAGGCAGAAAAACAAGCCAGGCUUUUAGUCUUCCUAAAGGACAGAAUAAACCCAGUAUUUCACAUGGA